CGCCCAGGCGGGCUGCCGCCGCGCGGUGAGAGGGAGCUGAUGGCUGAGGGCUCUGAGCCUGGAUUUUACCUGCGGUGGAAACACUGUGAGACGCCAGGUGUUAGGACCUUGUGCAAUCUGAGGAAACUUCUGAACAAGCUCCAGGAAGGGCACAGAGAGGAUGUCUACCUGUACACCUCCGGACACCUGAACCCCGACAAGCUCUACAGGCCCCCCGCGACCAUCCUGUAUCACUGGCCCAAUGCCAACAGGCCCAAGGAGGAGAAAACCUUGGCUGUGAAAAAGCCAUCUGGUAAGAAGAUUGAGAGCAUGAAGGAUGCUUUGGCUUAUUUUACCGUCAACACAGCUCUGGGUCCUGAUGACACCCAGAACACAGCACUCUUUAGGUACUUGAACCCUGGGGCACCCAGCUCCCACCCUUCGGAGGAGGACGUGAUCCCCAAGGCGGCUCUGAGAAAGGAGGGGUCUCCGGAUCGGCCGAAGAGGGAAGAGCUGCGGCUGCCGGACAUGAGGGUUCUGAGGUUCAGAGCGGUCCAGUCCAGCCGCCAGUGCGUGUCGUCCGCAUCAGGCCCGGACAGGUACCAGUACGUCAGCUCACACCUGGCUGGCAUAACGAAAGCAGACAGUUACAGGAAGUUCCUGAGUUUCCAGAAACAAGUUCUUGCAAAGCAGGAUCUCCUGGAGAACGAUUUCACCGGGAGCAAGGCAGCCAUGCGCCACGAGAAGAAGUUGGAGCAGGAGCUCCAGAAAGUCUGUGUAUGCAACCCUGGAGACCUCAACAGGCUGCACGUCUUUGGAGAAGUUUUUGAAGAUAUUUGCAAUAGUUCUUUGAUAUUUGGUGACAUCUUGAAAGAAAUUAAGGAAGAAUAUGAACUCUACAUGCUGUUACUUCUGAAGACCCAGCCCACAGAACAGUAUAAGACUUUGCUGACGCACCUCCGGGGGCUGGAGAAGAGGAGGGUGAGGACAGCGGACGUGGACCAGGCCCGAGAGGAGCUGAGGGCGCUCGUGACCGCCGUCGAAGCCGCCCUGGACCGGAACGACAGACUCCGAAGUGACCUGGAGCUGGAGCGCGGCUUGCUGCAGUCCGCUAAGGACAGACCAGAACCGUCUGAGAAAAAUGCGGACAAGGAGCCCCUUACUCUCAUUGAGAAGGUCGAAAGAAAGAGGUGUGAAAUACUCAAUAAAUGGGACGAAAUCCAAGCUCUUGAAAGACAAAUGAAAACAACUUUGGUUCACACUGGAAUUCUGUGUAUCACCGAGAAUAAGAUUAAAAGCUUAGAGACGGAAACUGUAAAAUUGGAAACAGCAAAUAAAAUUUUAAAGAAGAAAAUACAAAGUAUUGAAAACUACGUGAAUCAGAGCUUGGGGAAGAGCAAGUUGAAUGAGGCGGAACAACAGAACCUUUGGAAAUUUAUCAAUGAAUUUGUAAAAUUAAAAGAAUGGGGUGAAAACGCUCAAGCAACUGGCAGAGUGACCUAUGAAAGUUCACAGCCACCGUGGAUACGGCGUGGGAGUUUGCAGAGGAAUAAAUGAAUGAAGAUACAUUUCUUUGGGUUGGUUUAAGUUUCCAAUAAAAUUAAUAUGGUAUACGUUUCCCACCCAAGAUGUUGAAAUAAAUACGUGUAUUCACGCGAUCAAUUUUA